AUGGAUCAGCUUUUGCUGGCCAAUCAGCUACUUCGUGACAACAUCGCUGCUGUCAAGGCCCGUAAGGCCGCCGGCGGUGAGGCCGACCCGAACCCCACCCUUGCGGACCUAGAACGUUCGCACGUUCUAUUUGUCAAUGCGCACCACAAGCCGUAUGUUGCCAUUGCAUUCCAAUACUUCAAGGUAUCGGCCAACAACGUUACGCUUGGUUCGGACGUUUCGAUCUCGAUCCCUCAAUACGGUGAUUUCUUCGCGGACAUGGUUGCCAACGUUGUCAUCCGCGCGCCCACUACGUCUUACUCGGGCGGGUUCGGCGACGACUCUGACUGCGUUAUUUACCGCCACUGUGAUUACCCUGGUGAGCGUAUCUUCGACGAGGUGCGCUUCGAGGUCAACUCGAACCCCAUUGACUCCUACACUAGUGAGACCUAUGUACUCCACCGUCAGUUCAACGUUCCUCAGGACAAGCUUGCUGCCUGGAAGCGUUGCAUGGGCCAGGAGACCCCGAUGCAAGCCCGUGAUUUCCUCCAGGAGACUGGCGGUACUAAGGCCCCUGUCACCAAGCACACGAAGACUGAAAUCUACAACGGCUACCAAACAUUCAAGGAGACCCACAAUGAUCUUAACCUAUGGAUCCCGCUUCUCUUCUGGUUCAACACCGAUAUCCGUCUUGCGUUCCCUUCGGUGUCGGUACCCUACGGUCAGCGUUUCAUUACGUUCAGCCUCACGCAGGCCUCGAACCUUUACCACGCUAUUUUGAAUCCUGCUCGUACCACGACUACGAUCACCAGUCCUCGUCUAUCGACGCCGCAAAUCUCUACCUUCGAUCUUUACAUUAACAACCUUUUCGUACUACCGGAGGUACACGACAUCUUCAUCGACCGUGUUGCUUUCACGCUAGUGCGUGUACACCGUCGCCAGACUCAGAACCUUAACAAGAGCUCGGAGAGCAUCCACCUUGUUCAGCUUAAGUGGCCUAUUGAGUCGCUUACGUUUGGCUUCCAGCCCACGGUUAACCGUGCUAAGAACACUAAUCUUGAGGCCAACAGUGAUCAAUCGUCGUCAGUAUCGAGCGACAUGGAAGACAGGCACCGCUUCGGUGUUGUGUCCAACACGCAGAUGCUCGCUGCUGACUUCCUUGGUAGCAUGGGCGCCCUUGGCCUACUUGUAAAGGAAGAAUCGAGCCACAUCACAACGCUACAGCUACAGGCGCACUCCGUAAAUCUAUUCUCCACUUUCCCGGCGGCCUUCUUCAACUCGUACAUUCCGUACCAGUUCGGCGGAAGCGCCCAAACGGCUCCUACUGAUCCGGGUUUGUACUACUACAGCUUUGCCCUAUACCCCAACCAGUACCAACCCUCCGGACACUUCAAUGUGUCUCGUGCCCGUGAACUCUACUUGAACUACACUUCGUCGUUCAUUAGCUCUGACGCUAACCACACGGCUACCUUCUUCGUACAGGCGAAAACAAUUAAUUUCUUGCUUAUCAGCGAAGGAUCUGCCAGUUUGAGAUACUCGACUUAA